AUGUUAUUUCUGUUAAUAGCUCUUAUAUUCGUGCGCAAAGGUGAGUCGGGAGAAGGAGUGCAAUUGAAUAAAUGCCUGGCUCCUGGAGGUGUUGCUCGACCAUUGCCACCGCCAUCAGCUUGCAAGGAUAAAGAUCCAGUGAUUUGCAGCGCUAUUUUUUCUCCUCGAGUUCCGGACAUACCUCUUAAUGCUGUUGCAACAAAUCCGUUCCGUGUCAAUCCCAACUGCCAAAAUGUGACUGUUAUGGCAAAUGCUGAAGCAUUAUGUCCCUCGUCUUGCGCAGUUUGUUGCUUAACACCUGAAUUUAACUGCCAAAAUUAUACUAUGUAUCCUAACAGCGUUUGA